AUGCCUACCAUGUCUAAGCUCUCCGUUGCUGCCGUCACAGGCGCUGCGUUCACUGCAGCCUCCGCCUUUGUGGCGCCCAACGCCAAGCAGACGCAAGCGGCAUCUCUGCGAGGAGCGUCCGCCGGCCGCGGCAACGUCCUCAGCGGCCUCAGCGGCCUCAGCGGCCUCAGCGGCCUGGGCGUGGCCGGUCUCGCGGCAGCGGCCUUGGCGCCGCGCGCCAGCGCCAGGACGGCGACUGUGCGGUGCGCCUAUGACGCCUCCAAGGAGAUUGGAGCAUGCGACCCUUUGCUCUUUUGGGAUCCUAUUGGCUACUGCGGCGGAGACUGCACCAAACAGGACUUUGACCGCCGUCGUGCUGUGGAGCUCAAGCACGGACGCAUUUGCAUGUUCGCAACCAUCGGCAUGGUUUGGCCGGACAUCUUUGGCAAGUUCGAUGGCUAUCUCUCUCCUUCCCAGAACCUGAAGUUCGCGGAUGUGCCCUCCGGCAUUGCCGCCAUCAGCAAGGUGCCCCUGGAGGGCUGGCUUCAAGUCCUGCUCGUGGCAGGCCUCAUUGAGACUCAGCUUUUCAAGGACCAGUCCUUCGGUGGCUUUGCCUACGCCAAGUACGGCGAGCCGGGCAACUUCGGCACCGGCUACUGGGGCCGCAAGAUCAAGGACCCCGCCGAGAGGAAGCUGAAGCUAACCACCGAGCUGAACAACGGGCGCUUGGCCAUGACUGCCAUGGCUGGCAUGCUCAUCCAAAACGGCCUCACAGGCCAGGCGCCCAUCGAGCAGUUGACCGCGGGGCACAUCUCGCCCUUCAACGACGGCCAGGGCGCCUUCGCGCAGUUCGACCCCUCCAAGGAGCUUGGCGCCUGCCCUCCUCUGGGCUACUGGGAUCCCUUCGGCAUGAUGGCCUUCCAGGAUGAGGCGAAGUUCCGCAAAAAUCGCGAGCUGGAGCUGAAGCACGGCCGGAUUUGCAUGGUCGCCACUAUCGGCAUGAUCGUGCCUGACCUCUUCGGGCGCUUCGGCGGCUACUUGUCGCCCUCCAUGAACUUGAAGUUCUCCGACAUCCCCUGCACCAUUGAGGCCAUCUACAAGGUCCCGGCGGCCGGCUGGCUGCAGGUCUUUGCCCUUGCCGGCGCGAUUGAGGCCAAGAAUUUGGCCUUCCCCACCAAUUACGGCUACCCACCGUUCUGGGGCCAGAUCAACAAGCUCUCCGCGGAGGAGAAGUCGAAGAAACUUUUGGCCGAGAUCAACAACGGACGCCUUGCCAUGAUGGCCAUGGCUGCCAUCGUGGCGCAGAACGGAGCCACUGGCCAGUCCCUCGUGGAGCAGUUCACCACAGGCAACCUCAACCCCUUCGUGGGUGGCUACGCCGGAUCGGAGGUGUCCAGCAGCACGGCGCUGCGCGCCAAUUCGGAGGCCCUGCCGUGGGCUCCGGUGCCUGAGAACCUCACCAACAACAUCAUUGGGCCCUACGUGGGCGAUGCGGGCUUCGACCCUGCUGGCUUCGCCAAGAACAAGCGUUUGUUGCCUUGGUACCGCGAGGCCGAGUUGGCCCACGGCCGGGUGUGCAUGUUGGCGGUGCUGGGCUACACCGUCCAGACGAGUGGCGCGAAGUGGGAGCCCUUCAUCACCCGCUACCCCACCGACUCGGCGGAUCCUUUGAAGGCAGCAACCCAGGUGCCCAUCAUUGGCUGGCUGCAGAUCUUGACCGUCAUUGCUCUUUCGGAGUUGUGGCGCUAUGAGAACGUCAUCAGCAAGUACAGCGAGGGUGUGGCGCCCGGGGACCUGGGAUGGAACGUCGAUGCUCCGACGGGCACCAAGCGACCCAAGUGGUUCGGCCCCACCUUCACUGCCAAGUACUCUUCCGAGGAGUGGAACAACAUGAAGCUGCGUGAGAUUAAGCACUGCCGUCUGGCGAUGGUGGGCUUUUUCUUCAUGGUCCUCACCAACGCAUCCACUGGGGCGGGCCCCUCGCUGAUUCCCAGCUUCACCCAGUCGGAGUUCCAGUGCCUUGACGCGAACUACUUUCCUGAAGAGCUGGGCAAAGAAGCUGUCUCUUCGCGGUACAACGGAGCCUACGAGGUGGGCUGUCCUGCGCGGGGGUGGUCGUACCACCUCGGGGAGUGCAACGACAUUGGAAAGGGCCCGCAGUGGCAUUGUUGGUCACCGGAUCGCUUCGAGGCUGGUCCAGACCAACCUUGUGGGGAAGAGGACUCUGGGAAGUGCCUGUGCGUCAGGAAUGUCUCCAACCAAGGAGAUCCAAUGAACAAGGACGUGGUCAACAAGGCAUCGGAGGCGAAGGCAGGCGAGGAUCUCAUCACUGCCCAAUGGCAAGUCGAGACCUCCAAGCAGCUUAAGUGCCGCGAAUGUGCGCAGCACGACCAAAGCCAGGAGGAGACUGCAUUGCCUGUGCGCCGAAGUGCGACUACGGCAGCAAGGACAGCUUGCCGGUCUCAAGGUCACUGGAUGCUUCGACUCUGA